UUCCGGUGACGUAAUGAAGGACUUUUCCUAAAGUUUUUGAAAACUUAAUAAGAUGUUGAAAUGAAACACCAAUACGUGCAGUAAUGAUGUAACCGUUGAACAGUCUUUCUUUUAGUUAAUUAUCGCGCUCGUAGAGGAACGACGAAACUUGUCUGAAGUUUACGUCCCUUGUGAAGCUCCGGUUUUGACGGCGCAUGCGUAGGCGUAGCCAUAUUGGAAGAGGAAAAAGAUUACAGAAAGAGGUACAUUUGACAGACAAGGGCAUAUAACUACAUUCACAUGAUCAGAGACAGGCUCCUGUACCCUUUCAAAGACCUUGACCCUCGGUAGACACGGCCAAGGUCAGAGUUGAGGGGUCAUCAUGCCCCAACCUAAGGCGGGAAGCCUCAAGGAUCCUGAUAUUGCGGGACUCUUCUUCUUCAACGAUGACCCAGAGAAAAUAUUUGUCGAUCUACGAGAAAUUGGCCAUGGAAGUUUUGGUGCAGUGUACUUCGCCAGAAAUAUUGUCAACAAAGAGAUUGUGGCCAUCAAGAAGAUGUCCUACAAUGGAAAGCAGGCGAACGAGAAAUGGCAGGACAUUAUCAAAGAAGUUAAGUUCCUAAGACAAUUGAAACACAGACACGUUAUAGACUACAAAGGGUGCUAUCUCCGUGAACACACAGCAUGGCUGGUUAUGGAAUACUGUCUAGGCUCCGCCUCGGACAUCGUAGAAGUUCACAAGAAGCCAUUAAAGGAGAUAGAAAUCGCAGCAAUCUGCCACGACGCUUUAGAGGGCCUGGCCUACCUACAUACUCAGGGCAAAAUACACCGAGACAUCAAGGCGGGCAAUAUACUGCUGACAGAAAACGGCACCGUCAAACUGGCGGACUUUGGGUCGGCGUCUCUGAUAAGUCCAGCCAACUCGUUUGUGGGGACGCCUUACUGGAUGGCCCCCGAGGUGAUUCUAGCCAUGGACGAGGGUCAGUACGACGGCAAGUCGGACGUCUGGUCAAUGGGCAUCACUUGUAUAGAACUGGCCGAGCGUAAGCCUCCCUUAUUUAAUAUGAAUGCCAUGAGUGCUCUGUAUCACAUCGCCCAGAAUGACCCGCCCACACUGGCGGGAGGGGAGUGGUCCGACAGUUUCCGCCACUUCGUCGACUCCUGCCUCGCCAAACUUCCCUGUGAUAGGCCUUCUUCCUCAGAUAUUUUAAAGCACCAUUUCCUAGAGGGGACUGGCCCGAGUAGUGUUAUCAUAGACCUAAUUCAGCGCACCAAGGACGCGGUCCGAGAGCUAGACAACCUCCAGUAUCGCCGUAUGAAGAAGAUUCUCAUGGUGGAUGUGAUUGAGGGUGAAAACAGCUCCAACGGGCCGACAUCCGACGACUUUACCACGGACGAUUCAUCCCAGGUCAGUCCAUGUGACCCCUCUCUGGAUGACGAUAACAUCGACAGUAGCACGAGUAAGUCGAGCAGUAUGACGAGUCAGCACUCGAUGCCGAGUAGUAACCUGAGCAGCAAGUCGAGUAGUCAGAGCAGUCUCCAGGGUAUCUCCACCGACGACAGCGCGUCCACCUUCCAUCGCGAGCAUAGCCCGCCUCCUACACUUCAGUCCUACAUACUACAGGACUGGUCCCUGCCUCAAAGGUCAAGUUAUUACAGCAAUGUCCACCCCAACAAGAUGUUUCAGUCUCCCCUGCUCUUUCUCAACCUGCCUUCAAACUCGAGUAUAAACAGAAUGGAGGCAGGUGCCAACAAUUUUGCCACGAUCCGGACGACCCAUCUCGUCACGAAACAGAUGAAGGAUCACGAACAUGCUAAUGAUAUGAAGGAACAGUUCACGGGCUACAAGCGAAUGAGAAAGACUCACCAGAAACAACUGCAACAGAACGAGACGAAGUUCCAGACGGAGAUGGAGGAACACAAACAGAGACUUGAUAAGGAGUACGACAACCUGCGACAGAAGUUCCUUGUGGAGAUGGAGAAGAUCCGUAAGAUGCAGUCUUCAGACCAGGAGAAGAUGACACGCAAUAAUCUGGGCUUGGAGAAGAAACUGAUAAAACAAAUAUCAACAUCACAUGACACUGAGAAAAAGACGUUCUCAACUAUGCAGAAAAAGGAGUAUAAAGUCAAUAAGGAACAAAUGAAAAAGGAGAUUGACGGCAGCACACCAAAGAAGGAGAGAGAUGACAUGGUGCGGACUCACAAAGACCGCCUCCUUCAGCGUCAGAAGGAGGCGGAGGGUGGGCUCGAAAAGCGACACAAAGACUCCAUGGAAUUUGAAAUUCGCAAGUUCAGGCGGCGAAAACUUGUACAAUAUCAUCAAAAGGAGGAGGAACAUUUAGCAGAGGAGCUGAGUAAGCGGCAGGCUCAGCUUGAGAUGGAGCAUGCCAUGCUGCUACGCCACCACAGCGGCACUCAGGAUCUGGAGUACCGCCAGCUCCAGACGCUACAGAAGCUGCGCGACGACCACCUCAAAAAGCAGCAUCUGACGGAGCAUGACAAUCAGAGAGAGUAUAACGCACUCGAAGAGCAGAACCUCCGCAAGAAACAUCUGUUGGAACACAAGCAGCAGCCCCGCAGUCUUAAGCAAAAGGAGGUGCUGAUACGGAAGCAGUUCCACGAGGCGGUACAGACGCAGCGGCGACAGUACAAGGCACUCAAAGAACACAUACUGCAAAACACGCCUAAAAACGAACAGAAGGCCGUCGUCAAGAAACUCAAGGAGGAGCAGGUCCGCAAACUAAACAUCCUCGGGGAGCAGUACGAGGCCAGUAUAGCCGAGAUGCUUCAGCAGCAAAAUAUGCGGCUGGACGACUCGCAGGAGAUGGAGGCCCAACAACUCAAACAACGACUGCAACAAGAGCUGGAACUGCUGAUGGCCUACCAGAGUAAGAUCAAAAUGCAGACUGAGGCCCAGCACCAGCGAGAGAGACGACAGCUCGAGGAGCGCGUAUCUCUCCGGCGCGCCCUUCUAGAACAAAAGAUGGAUGAUGAGAGGAGCAAAUUGAUAGCAGAAAGGAAAGAUAAAAUUCAUAGUUCAAAAACGCGACAGGAACGUGACCUGGAAGAUUUUGACCACGAGACCAGCGAUAUGGGGAUGAGUCCGGUGGAGGUGGCCCAGGCGUCGCUGGACGCGACGUAUAAUGACGAUGUGUCAAGUUUACGUGGUAGCAUGAUCAGUCUGACGGCCAGUAGCAGUAGCUUCUCAUUCUCCUCACAGACAUAAGUAUACACUCCCACCAUGUGAUUGUAUAUCCACCCGGGGUAGAAACUCCGGGUCUAUAGAUGUCAAGCUCCCAAGGUGUAACGGCACGGCCGAUCGAGGAGUCAUCCUUCACUCAACACCCCUAGAGAGUGUCCUGUCCACGUGACGUACACUCUCCUAGUCUGUGGUGUUGAUUAUCUUAAUGGUCGACCUGCCACUCCAUGGAUGUGAUUUUGGACGUCUUGGCUCCUUGGAUGUGGUCGCCUGUUCAGUGCGGACACCUGCAUGAGUGUGCAGUGCCCGACAAGGAAGCUUGGCAACCGGGAGUGAUGAACGUGCUGGCCCCUAAUUGGGACAUUAAGGGCCGAGGGGAUCAGUGUUGCCCCUUGACGGGUUUAUUUCAGCCCCUUAAAUGGCCUGGUUUGGCCCCCUAGACUAUAUAGGGAACUUUGCAACCUACUUGGACCGUGUGACAGACAGCAUUGGAUGUGAUAUAAGGAUGUGAGGGUGUCGUGUUUUUACCGAUAUAUAUAUAUAUAUAAAUAUUAAUUCUCGGGGCGACCGCAUGGCCAGUUAUCUCCACACAGCCUGUGGACUUACUAUAACAGACGCUCAGACAUCUGUCAUGACUUGGUCACACUAGCCACUAAUCCAGUACUAGCUUACUCCAACAAUUUACUACUGUAGUUCGUAAGUACAGGUCCGGCCCCCGUACUAGAGCUGUAGGCUUGUCAUCUUGCACUUAGGGAUUGGGGAUUGGGGUUGGCGGGUUUGGGGGAAAAACUGUGUAUAUUUGCCCCGUAACCGGCUCUCUGAUGGGGGAAGGGGUAGAGGUAGGGGGGCAGAAAUCCUGUGAUCAUCCAGUGUCCACUCUCAGCUGGUUGAUGCAUACCGAACAUAAUAAACUUGUACUUAUCAGCAAUAUUUUUUACACCAAAAUUAUUACUGGGACCUGGUGAGUCAGUCAGAUACUCCGGUCUAAAUCAUCCUUAUUGUGUCCUGUAGACCCUUCUGUCUUGUGUUCAGUGGACAAUGCCACUGCAAAAUAUAGGGGAGGACAGGCACAAGACAUCUUAACACUAAUAAUUUUUGGUAUCUCGAAAAUAAACUUCAUGAGCCAUGUGCAUUAUAACCCUGUUCUUUAACUUUUAUGUAUUUUUUUGGUCAUUGUAAGCUGACUAUUCUUUUUUUGGUGUCAAUGGUGCUGAAGUAUUUGCACUGCAGUGCAUUGUUCAAAGUAUGGUCAACUUCAUUCUUAUGUUUCAAUUUUGGUUCUCAAAUAGAUAGGGUAGAUAGGCAGGCAAUUUCAUUCUUAUUUCAUAAAAUACUCUUUUUCAAAGGUUAUUCAGAAUUGGCAUUUCAGAAUUUCUUCAGAGCUGGUUUAAACUUAGGCAAAAAAUAAAAUAAAAAAAUGAAAUAUUUUAAAUCUCAAAAUUGUGCACACUUCAAAUUCUUCUUCUAAAUAAGACAUAUGUUUAUAUGUAUUUAUUUGUUGAAAAUGUUUCCCAUUCAAAUAUGUCUUGACAAAUAUAACCUAACACUCGGGACUUUAACGUAGAAACAUCGCACAUACUACGACAGUCAAGGAAUCCAUUUGUACUGAUUGUCAGAGACUACAGUCAACUGCGAUCAUGCUCUUAGCAUAAGUUUGGAAAAUUUUGUGUAUAUCAGUUUGGUUUUUCUUAACGGAAACCAAAUAGAGCAGUUAUGACCCCAGCCUAUUGUAUGAUGUGGAUUGUAGAUGUAGUCGUGGUGGCCGCUGCCCGGACAACAUUUGACCGAGAUAGGGCCACGUUAUCCUGCACACAUCGUUCAGGUCCCAAUUUAGUUUCUGACGUAAAUACAUAAUCUUCACUUUAUUUCAUGAAAAUAAUAUUAUUAAUAUUAUUGGCGGAGCAUACUAAAAACUCAAUGAUUAUAUAUAGAUUCUAUAACCCCCAAAUGUUGAUAGUAAAAGUCUUAACUUUGUCCUGGAAAAUAAGAACUGAUGAAGUUAUUGACAGAAAAAAUGUAAAAAAAUAAAAUGAUUUUAGAUUCUGUCUCCCCUUGAUGUAUGAAGGGAACAAAAUUGCAAACAAAAUUCAGUUGAUAAUUACAUUCAACUGUGGUAGAUUCGCCAGUAAAUUAAAUGUGUUAUUUUUAUUCUUUUAUCCAUGUUUUAAAAUAUGAUGAUCAAUUUGAUGGUUAAGAAAUUUUUAUUUAGUAGUUAUUUUGGUUUUCAGUUGAGAAAUAUAUGUGAGAUUUUGUUUUUAGUUCAAACAAGUUUCAAAUUAAUUACAAUGUAGUCAGCCUGUAUACCUAUAGGGCAUUAUUGUAGAACAAAUAUUUUCUCAUGUUUUAUUUUUUUUGUAUUGAACAAAUACUCUACAGAUCAAUCAAAAGUUUGCCACCUUUUCCCAAGUUUUCCAGAGUUCUUUACCCUUUCACCACUGUAGACCAAAAUGGACUCAUCCUGAUCAAUGCAUGGUAGAGUCUACUAAAGUUACAUAGGGGUGAAAGGAUUAAGCAAUAAGCUUUUUGAUAAAUUUUGAAGUUGGCCAUAUAUUGUGACUCUAGCAAUAGUGAUGCUGAUAUCCCGUCAUUUAAAUGUACAUAAAAUCAAUCUCUUUUACAAAAUACAUAUAAGAGACACGGUAAUAUUUACUUAAUCCGGACAGCAGUAAUCGUGAAAACUAACUUCCAAUGCUUAAAAACAGAAACUGAAUUACAUUUCUCUUACAACACAUCUUCUUUCAAUUUGAAAAUGAGUUAUUCCAGGCUUUUUUUGAGGAAUGGAAAGUGUCCAGACUGACAAGAAAUUCAUUGUAGCUGAACUUUUGAUACGAGGAGGUGUUGGGUAUCAUAAAUGUCAGGAUCGGUAAACUCGCCAAACCAACCUGACAGAAGUUAUAAAAAUGAAUUUGCAAGUGAAGAAAGUUUCUGAAGACGCUAUUAAAUCAGAUAACUUGACAGCUACCAAAAAAUUAGGUAUUUUAUACACAGGGACCUAAUUAAUUGCUACACUGAUCAAGAAAUUGUAUAUCUGUAUAAUAUAACUCCUGUAAGUUGUUCAAUUAAAUAUGAUUGAUAUCUGUGACAUUUCAGGCCCCUGUGUAUGUCUAUAAUAUACUGUGAUUCUCCUAGCCGUUCAAUUAAACAUUAUUGAUAUCUAUGACAUUUCAGGCCCCUGUGUAUGUCUAUAAUAUACUGUAAUUCUCCUAGCUGUUCAAUUAAACAUCAUUGACAUUUGUGACAUUUCAGGCCCCUGUGUAUUUUUCUGGUUCUAGCUGUUUACAGGUGUAAACCCUACUCACACGAUAUUGUCAUUUAGUUUGUAAAUUUUGGUUUCUGUUUUGAUUCUACCUCUUAUGUUAACAUUUUUCAUAAUUUUAUUUAAGGUAAAUAUAACUCAUUACACAUACCGUAUCGAUCCGUCAGUAAGCCCACGCCUGUUAAUGAGCCGACCCAUAUCUACUGGGGUUCAAUGAAAUGAGAAUUAUCACUUCAUCGCCCUGUAUUUACCCCUUCACCCCUGAAGACACAUUUGAACUCUUCCUGUUCAAAGGUUGGAUUAGUUCAUAAUAAUGAAUAAUGAAAUUCCAGGGGUGAAUGAUUUAGGCGCCUGGGCUUAUUGCAUGAUAAAUGUGGUAUACAGGUAGCACACUCAUUUGUAUAUAAACAAGUUCAUUUUCAUUGACGAAGGUCCGAUUGACAGGGUGCACAUUGACGCUGUAUAAUUAAGCUGUAUACUGAAUGUUGGAUUAUGCAGGUGGCUGAAUAUUCAGGGGUCAGAGUAGACUGAUUUCGUUUUUUCUGCGUUUCUGUUGUGAGGCCUUAAAACCCCUUACGAACGAACAAACUGCGUCCCAGUAAACAGUGCCGUGAAACACUAUGGACGAAUGCCAUGAAAGGCUUCUACGAUUGUGUUUGAAUUCGCGACCAUUGGUCUAAUCAGUCAUAUGGGACAUACGCGUUGUUACCUCCCUUAUAUUCUCAGUAAUCAGGUCAUCUUGCCCUCUUCAUCCUAUUUCUCUUCUUUCCAUCCACAUUCAGACCGACGGACAAACAUGUAUUAUGCUACAAGUUUAAACCUGCGAGAGAGAUUUCAGAAUAAGUCUCCUUAGACCAAAGAACAAUUAUUUUGUGUAUCCAUUAAUCCUACCUACCCUUAUUUGUGUGCCUACCAUAACUCUUUUUUGGCAGUUUUCAAUGAAGCAUUGUUAAAGCCAAAAUCACACUCCUAUAAAAACUAUAUGAAAGUAUUUAAUAAAAAAAUUUUAGUUUGGCCGUAUUUUUUCUGAAGAAAUGAGGUUAUAUUAUACUCUUCAUUAUCUGAAGCUAUACUUAUUGAUGUCCUUAAACUUUGGUUCUGACCAUGCCAAGUGUUAAAUUGAGAUUUAUUAAUGACAAGCCAUGUACAUGUACUUCAGUCCUAUCUCGCUGGAGAGUAACAACUGAAAUAUGUUUUAUGUAACAAGCUAUGAAUGAGUAUCCCCCUUUUCUGGAAUAGACUAUUGAUUAUAUGUAUAAGUGUGAAGUCCCACAGUGAAACCUGUCCAAUACGACCUCCUUUAGGACACUACGUAUUGGUCAGACUGGACAGGGUGUUGGACUACACUGAUUAUAUUCGGACACUUUCAAAAUAAUUGAAAUAACAGCAUUAUGUCAGAUUAGUCAAGAUGUUCGAAUAUUCAGUGGCCAGAUUAGACAGAUUUCACUGUAUAGAGGCCUAUUGAUUGUAAGGGGCAGAUAACUCUAGACAUCUGUUCACUUAACUGACCUUUACAGAAAACGAAUGGUGCAGUAAGUGACGAACAAGUUAGAAAUCUUUUUGAGAUCUAUAAGCAAGUGUGUAUCAUUUAGGUGAAGUGGAAAACGAAUGUGAAAAUCCAUUUAACUGCUGCCAUUGCUUUUGUAACAUAUCAACUGAAUAUUUAUUUGGUUACUGUAAAAGUCUUGUUUUUUGCAUGGUCCACAAUUUUUGUGGAUUUCAUUAAAAGGUAAUUUUUGACGUAUCUUUUUUUCCCCCGCAAAUUGCAGGUCUAUUAAUUAGCCAUGACACAAAGUGCUACGGGGAGAAUGGAUUCAUUGAUAUCCUAUUAGCUUCAUGGGGUGUGGGGUUUUUUUGCAGAAAAAUGUCCACUUAGAAAAACGUGAAAAUAAGAGCCCUGCGAAAAAACCCACUUUGACGGUAUGUUUCCUGUUGUCAUGGUGAUAAAGCUGCCAUUUAUAACUGCAUACAACUAUCACUUAUAUUUACAUUGAAAUAAUUAUGUAAGCCCUGUACAAACCAAGUCAUUAGUAGAAUAUCCUAUGGUAAGCGGGUGUGUUAUAUAAGGUUGAGGGUUGCCAUGGUUUUAACAGACCCUGUGUGUAUGUGGCGGUGGCCGUGUAAAUGUUGACCAAGGUGGGAGGCAACAGGCAGGACAAUCUCGUACGAUCUGUUGCUUCAAUAACAGCUUUUCAUUUAUCACUACAUAUUGUAUCCACUAAUUAAUGAUUUCAACCAUACAUCAGGGAUUCUGUGAAAAAUUGCAGGAAAAACCUGUACAUACAGGCUGACCUGAUGUACACGGUCUCUGACAGUAUGUCGAUGAAGCCUCUCAUAUCCGACACUGAGUGUCGGUCAGAUUAGACAGGUGUCACAAUACAUUGGUCUUAUUUGAAAUGGAUCACAGCAUUAUGUUAGAUUAGCUUUGAUGCUGGAAUACUCAGGGGUUGGAUUACACAGGAUGUCAGACCACUAGUUGGUAAAGACAUGAUGACUGAACACUGGGGGGGGGGGGG